AAGAGAGAGUUAUGAUGGGAGAAGAAAGAUCCUCUGGUAUGGACAAUCUGCAGGAGACACCUACUUGGGCGGUGGCUUCCAUUUGCUUCAUCCUCAUACUCCUCUCCAUAGUCCUUGAACACUCCCUACACCAGAUUACCAACUGGCUAAGGGAGCAUAAGAAGAAAGCACUGGAAGAGGCUGUGGAGAAGCUUAAAUCAGAGCUGAUGUUGUCAGGUUUCAUUUCACUUGUAUUAGCAGCACUACAAGGACCCAUCUCCAAUAUCUAUAUACCCAAAAAAUAUGCAAAUUUCAUGCUUCCUUGUCAAAAAGGUGCAACUAACACAGGAGAGAAAUUUGAGGAGCCUCAGAGAACUGGUGCCUCUUCCAACUUUGAUAAACACCAUGAGGGAAUGGUUCCUCUGAUGUCCAAAGAAGGAAUACACCAACUACACAUCUUUAUAUUUUUGUUAGCAUCGACCCAACUUGUUUUCAGUCUCCUCAUCAUGGCACUAGGAAGGGCAAAGAUGAGUUCUUGGAAAGCUUGGGAAGAAGAGACUCAAUCGAUCCACUACCAAGUGGCCAAUGAUCCUGUACGCAUUAGAUUAACAAGAGAAACAACAUUUGGAAGACGGCAUUUGGGUAUUUGGUCAAAGUCAACAGUACUUCUAUGGAUUAAAUGUUUCUUCCGCCAAUUCUUCUACUCUGUAGAAAAAGUUGAUUAUUUCACACUGCGUCAUGGCUUCAUCAUUGCACAUAUGCCCAGGAACAACUAUUUCAAUUUCCAAAACUACAUACAGAGAUCCUUGGAAGAUGAUUUCAAGGUAGUAGUGGGAAUCAGCCCCUCUCUGUGGUUGGUUGUUGUUAUCCUCCUGCUAGCUGAUGUGAAUGGAUUGCAUUUAUACCUUUGGAUAGCCUAUUUUCCACUGAUUAUAGUUCUGGUUCUUGGAACCAAGCUUGAAGUCAUUUUGGCAAGAAUGGCUCUGCAACUCAAAGACCAGACCACUGUGGUCCAAGGAGCUCCUCUGGUGCAACCUGAUGACAAUCUUUUCUGGUUCAGAAGCCCUAGAUUUGUUUUGAGUCUUAUACACUUCAUCAUGUUCAUGAAUGCAUUUGAGCUUGCUUUCUUUCUCUGGGCAACUUGGCAAUUUGGGUUGAAAACUUGUUACCAUGAGAACAGAGGAUUCGCAGUCGCAAGGGUGGCAUCAGCGAUGAUUGUACAAAUCAUUUGCAGCUACGUUACGCUUCCAAUCUAUGCCCUUGUAACUCAGAUGGGUUCCCAGUACAGGAGUGCACUUCUAGGGGAGCGAGUAAUAGAAUCAUUAAAGCAAUGGUAUGCAAGGGUGAAGAAGAAGAAACAACAAUCAUCAUCACAUCAACCUCUGAUAAGUCAUUCUAAUUCUGAGCUUGGGAGCAGCAGGAAAACUAGUCCUACCGAAAUUUCUUCACCACCUACAGCACAACCCACAAUGGCACUUGCAGAAAUUAUUUCAUCCCCUGGUUGUGAUGAAAUCAGUGAAGUCAAAAAAGAAUCAGGAAGAAAAUUCGAGGGACAGCCAAGGUUAAUCAAGAUCAGCCAAGCCUUGAAAUGGCAAAAACUAAGGGCUUACAAGCCAACCCAACACAAGUAAAGUAUCAAGGUUGAACCGGGUUGGGCCGAGACAUCCUAGCCUAACCUUAGGGUUGGACUGGGGUUUUGAAAAUCUAGCCCAGCCUGGACCAUCGACCUCCCGAUAUAUCCUCUCAUAUAUAAGCAUAUCCAGUUGUGUACAUAUCAUAGUCCUUCGGUAGUUCCUUUUCUUUUUUCGAUUAGUUGGCAAACUCAUAUCUAAUUCAAGCUUGACAUGUGAACAAAGGACCUUAAGAUCCACCUAUAUAUAAAAUAUCAGCUCUAUAUGUAUAUUACACACAUGAAAGUCUGGAAUCUACUUCUCGUUAAGAACGUGCCAUACCCACACUCCUUAAAAUAAUAGAAAAUACUUUUGGUCUAAUGGUCUUGAAUCUUGAUUAUAUUACUUAAAAUAAGAGAAAAAAAUACUAAUUAUACUAUGAAUAUAUCCAAAUCUAUGUCUAUCUCUCUCCUCCACCCCUUGAAAAGGUCCCC